AUGGCAUCAACAGUAAAAUCACCAGCAGUAACUGUACCAGCAGUAACAAUACCUCCACCAGCAGCAACACCUCCACCAGCAGCGGCACCACCACCACCACCACCACCGCCUGCAUCAUCAGCAGCUUCAGCGAACGGAUAUAGACCUUUAAACGUCAAGGAUGCCUUGACUUAUUUGGAUCAAGUCAAAGUAAAGUUUGCAGACCAACCCGAAGUGUAUAAUCGCUUUUUAGACAUCAUGAAGGAAUUUAAGAGUCAAGCAAUUGAUACACCGGGAGUGAUUGAGCGUGUUUCGACACUAUUUAGAGGUCACCCAAUGUUAAUAUUUGGAUUUAAUACAUUUUUACCACCUGGAUAUCGUAUUGAAUGUUCCACAGAUGAUCACGCCAGAGACAUUAUUAAGGUGACAACACCCAGUGGAACUACAAGCACAACCAGUGGGGGUCGUUCCCAUUCACCACCAUUACCUCCACCAUCUCAGGCAGUAGCAGGCGAAAAUAACAAUGGUGGUACGCGUCGAGCACCUGUCGAAUUUAAUCAUGCGAUUAAUUAUGUAAACAAGAUUAAGAAUCGAUUUUCCAACGAUCCUGAGACGUACAAGCAAUUUCUGGAGAUAUUACAGACCUAUCAAAAGGAGCAAAAGCCGAUUCAAGAGGUGUAUGCGCAAGUGCAGAUUUUAUUUAAUGGAGCCAACGAUUUAUUAGCCGAGUUUAAACAAUUCUUGCCCGACACUUCACAGCCCCAACCCAUUGAUUUUUUAUCACAACAAAAAGCCAAAUUGCUAAAGAAGCGGUCCUUGUCAGGAUUACCCAAACAACCAAAACGAGCAAAAACUCACCACAAGAUGAUGGAUCAUACCGUCUCCGAUAUUCGUCGAUCGCCCAUCAUUGCUCCCAAUGACGAUAUUCGACCUUUGGUCAGUGCAGAUGAGGCAGAGUUCUUUGAACGUGUCAAGAAAUACAUCGGGAACAAAACAACCUAUCACGCUUUUCUUCGUCUUUUGAACCUGUUUAGUCAACAAAUCUUUGAUGCUAACAUGCUGAUUGAGAAAUGCGAAAGCUUCUUGGGCGGACAAAAAGAUUUAUAUGAUCAACUUAAAAAAUUGGUAGGGUAUGAUGGAAAGGAUAUCGUGAUUGAAAAUCUACCAGCUGCUUUAGUCAAGCCUGACUUGGCAUUUUGCGAUGAAUAUGGCCCCAGCUAUCGUUCUGUUCCUAAAGCAUGGCAAUCCCAAAGUUGUUCAGGUAGAGACGCUCUAUGUUGGGAGGUCUUGAAUGAUGCCUAUGCUUCACAUCCUACGUGGGCUUCAGAAGAUGGUGGAUUUGUAGCUUCCAAGAAAAACAUAUUUGAGGAAGCCUUGCAUCGUGUGGAGGAAGAAAGAUAUGAUUACGAUUUGAACAUUGAAGCCAACUUGAAUACCAUCUCGUUAUUGGAACCCAUCGCAAAGAAAAUUUCUCUAAUGUCAGAAGAAGAGAAGAAUGCUUUUAAAUUGCCUCCUGGCUUAGGCGGGCCUUCCAAAACCAUUUAUCAACGCAUCAUUAAGAAGAUCUACGGUAAGGAACAGGGCGCCGGUGUGAUUGAAAUGUUACACACCAACCCUGCUCAAAGUGUACCUGUUGUACUCAAGCGUCUCAAGCAGAAGGAUGAAGAAUGGAAGCGAUCUCAGCGUGAGUGGAAUAAGGUAUGGAGAGAGGUAGAAAUCAAAAACUAUUACAAGGCGCUCGAUUACCAAGGUGUCAUAUUUAAAGCCAAUGAUCGUAAAACUAUGUCUGUCAAAUACUUGGUGACCGAAAUCAAGAGUAUCCACUUGGACCAAGACAAACGACCCAACCAUCUUGCUAACAUUGAACCUCAAUUUGCUUUUGAAUUCAAGAACAAAAAGAUUUUCAAAGAUGUCACUCGUGUGUUGUACAGUUACUUUGAGCGACAAACGAUGUACGGUAUUGAGGAUUGUGAAGUUAUGAAGGCAUUUAUCGAAAUGUUUUUACCCGUGUUCUUUGAUGUCCCGGAUGUACUUCCUGAAAUUAGCCUUGAUCAACAAUCCACAGAUAUGAAUAUAGAUGAAGAUGAAGAUAUGGUGGAUGAAGACGAAGUGAUGGAUGAGGACGAUGAGGAUGAAGAUGAUGACACUCAAAACUCAUAUGACUCUUCCACAGAUACAUCUCCGUUAGAGAAAAUGACGGAAGUGAAGAAGGAGGUGAUACCGUUGGAGAUCGAAGAAGAGGAUGAAGAGCCUAGCAAGGACCAUAAGAUUUAUAAUCUCUUUGGAAACACCACAUUCUAUUGCUUCUUUAGGCUGUUUCAGAAAUGCUAUGAACGCUUAAAUAAGAUGAAACAGUUGGAUAGAGAGUAUAGAAUGGAUCCCGAAAAGACAAAGUUGAUGAAUAAGGCUGCACUUGAAUUAAAUAUCACUACCGCCACAUUUAACUCGAUCGAAAUGGAUUUUAAAUCAGGUUACUACAAUGCUCUGCUGAAGUUGAUUGAUCGUUUCUUUGAUGACGAACUGGAUCAACAUGUGUUUGAGGAAUGUGCAAGAUAUAUAUUUGGUACGAAAGCAUAUAUCAUGUUUACAAUUGAUAAGUUGAUGCUAUCCAUCAUGCGUCAGCUACAUCAAAUUGUGACAGAGCCAAAAGCCCAGGAGUUAUUGUCCUUCUUUAAAAAGAACCAUGAACAUGAAAAGGGAUCACCCGAGUUGACACAAGCAUAUCGAUUGGAAGUAGCUGAAGCUUUAGGAGCAGAUGAUAACCUGUAUAAUUUAGCAUUUGAUACUUGCAGUCGAACAUUAUCCAUUCAGUUAUUAGGAAAAGAUGAUGAGACAUUUGAAUUAAAUGAUUCAGAUGGUUAUACCAAUUAUGUUGCUAAUUAUGUUGAUUGGGAGCAUGAAACUCCGGGGGUAGACCAACGCUUGAAGGCUCUUCGAGCAUUAUUUCAUACCGAACAUCAAGACGUCGAUGCCUUUUUAAUUCCAUCAGAGGAUGCUCACCAAAGUGAAUACGCAGCCGAGUCCGAUUUAAGACGUCAAUGGAUCUCUGGUUUCAGUGGAUCUGCUGGGUUUGCCAUUGUGUCCAACAAUGAAGCCGCCCUAUUCACCGAUGGUAGAUACUUUUUACAAGCAGGCGAACAACUCGAUGACAAUUGGGUUUUAAUGAAGCAAGGACUCCCUGGUGUGCCUACUUGGCAGGAAUACCUUGUUACCAGACUUCCUGCAGGUUCUCGUAUUGGCUUAGAUGCUACCUUAACCACUGUUGCUGAUGCUCAUGAUCUUCAAACUCGCUUAGAUACUGUCAAUUCUACACUCGUUCCCGUCGUGCAUAACUUGGUGGAUCUUGCUUGGGGAAACGAGAGACCCACACCUCCUCACGACAAGGUGUUUGUACACCCUAUUGAAUAUUCAGGGGAAUCACACGAAGCAAAGCUCGAGAAAGUGCGUCAACAUCUCAAGGAAAAGGAUCAAUUCGGUGUUAUUGUAUCUGCUUUGGAUGAAAUUGCUUGGUUGUUUAACUUGAGAGGUUCUGAUGUCGACUGUAAUCCUGUAUUUUAUUCUUAUGCCAUUGUCACACAAGAGGAUACGACGCUUUACAUUAAUGCUGAAAAAUUAACUGAAGCAGUUCGCGAACAUCUUCAUGGUAUCCAUUUAAAGCCUUAUGAUGCCAUCUUUUCCGAUUUAAUCUCAUUCAAGGAACAUCUUGUCUCUUUACCCCAAAAGUUUUUGAUUGACGGUAGUACAAGCUUGGCCAUUGAGGCUGCAGUAGGAUCUGACAACGUGGUUGAUGAACGUUCAUUCAUUAACGAUGCCAAAGCCAUCAAGAAUGAACAAGAGUUAAAGGGUAUGCGUGAUUGUCAUAUUCGUGAUGGUGCUGCCUUGGUGCAAUACUUUGCUUGGCUCGAAAAGGAAUUGUUGGCAGGUACACAAUUAGAUGAGGUGCAAGCAGGAGAUCACCUUGAGAAGUUGCGUGCCUCUCAACAAGAUUUUGUCGGUCUUUCUUUCCCUACCAUUUCCUCAACAGGUCCCAACGGGGCUAUCAUUCAUUAUGAACCCGAGAGAGGAAACUGUAAGGUGAUUGAUCCUAAUCAAAUUUAUUUAUGUGAUUCUGGUGCUCAAUAUAAAGAUGGCACUACUGAUGUCACUCGAACACUUCAUUUCGGUACUCCCACACAAUAUGAAAAGAUGUGCUUCACUGCUGUCUUACAAGGUCAUAUUGGUUUGGAUACGGCUGUAUUCCCUAUUGGAACCACUGGUUAUCUUUUGGAUCCAUUUGCUAGAAUGCCCCUUUGGAAACAAGGACUUGAUUAUCGUCAUGGUACAGGACAUGGUGUUGGAUCAUUUUUGAACGUUCAUGAAGGACCUCAUGGUAUCGGUGUAAGACCACCUUAUAACAACACACCUUUGGCUGUUGGUAUGACUGUGACAGACGAGCCUGGAUACUAUGAGGAUGGUAAAUUCGGUAUUCGUAUUGAAAAUGUCUUGAUCAUUCGCAAAGAGAACACCCCUCAUAACUUUGGAGAUCGCGACUACCUUGGCUUUGAACAUGUCACCAUUGCUCCUAUCGGAUUGAACUUGAUUGAUGAAACCAUGUUGUCUCCUGCUGAAAAGAAAUGGGUGAAUGACUAUCACAAUGAAUGUGUCGAAAAGUUAUCUCCUUUGAUUGCUUCGGAUCCUGUUGCCGUUGCUUGGUUAAAGAAGGAAACACGUCCUUUAUAA